AGCGGAGUAAGGUAUAAAUCAAAGAUUAAAGUUUACUGGAAGCUUAAACUCCAUUUUCAAAUCGUUGACAAGGUUUUUUACUCUUUUUUGAUUCCUCAAAUUGUGAUUUCAGAGUUCCUUUCCCCCAAUUCUCCCGAGAUGCACAACUACAUCCACCAAAUAAUCACAAACGCUUCAAUUCCUCAGCCUUCCACCUCUGAAAUCAACGGCCAAGACGGUCAAAACGAUCGGCAAUGCCAUGGGUUCUGGUACGACGCCGUUCUGGUGGUUCCCGCGUUUCUGUUCUUGGUGUACCUGGCGGUGAACGCUAAGAAGAACGUUGAGAAGCUGAGAAAUGGAAGGUCGUAUGUUGUGAUUUCAUAUUAUGCCCUUCUCUGGCUUGCUAGUGGACUUAACCUCGCUUGGUGUUCUUUUCAGUCAUGGCAAUGUGCUAAUGGAAAGGAGGUUGCUUGGAAUCUUCUGUCGCUGUUUACCACCUCUGGGUUGUUAUGUUUAGAGAUCAGUUUAGUGGGCUUUUUACUUCAGGAGAGUUACACAAGUGGGCGGGAAGCUUUAGCACGUAUUUUCACCAUCUCAGGGAUCAUUGCUGGUGUUGAUAUGCUUCUCAAGGCAAUCUACAUUUUUGGAUUUGGGGUCCCACUCUUCUUCAAUGAUGUUGGAAGCAUUCAUCAGAUGAUGUGGGGAUUAUGGACCAUCCAAAAAUUACUGCUUACUGCAGUUUAUGGCUUCAUCUUGUUUGUGCAUUUCUCAAAAUGGAAACAGAAACUGCCCCCUCGACCCGCGUUCUACAACUAUGUAGUUAUCAUGUUUGCUGUUAAUGGUAUUACACUGUUUGCUUCUGGUCUUGCUGCUAUUGGAAUAGGCUUUAGCAUUUGGUUGUACAAUUUGACCAUCAUCUGCUAUCAUUCGCUUUAUCUACCUUUCCUGUAUGUAACUUUCCUAGCUGACUUUUUCCGGGAAGAAGAUUUUCUGUUGGAUGAUGCAUAUUACUCAGAGAUGAGAGAUGCAGGGUUCUUUGAUGCAGAUUGGGAUUAGUAAGUAAACCUUUUUGCAUCGAAAUGUAUGUAACACUGGGUAAGAACAUUGAUUACAUACUUUGUAAAUAAAUUCAAAAGGGUUAAUAGUAAAUUUACUGAUAUACUUAUGAGGGCAA